UCGCCCAUUGCGCGUCGUCAGGCGGCAACUUUUCUGCCCGAUCUUCCCACUACUACAUAAACCGCCCUCCUGCCGCUGACCCUCUUCCAACAACCUCCGCUCCACCCACCCCUCCCNCUCGCCCGCCAUGAACGUCCUCAAGCUGCAGAAGAAAUAUCCUCAGUUUCCGCAGGCGGAAAUCUAUGGCCUAUCCGACGCUUUCCGCAAGCUCGAUGUCGAUGACAAAGGCUACGUCGACGAGGGAACCGCCAUCAAGUCAGCCCAGAACAGCGAGCGACAGCCCUACGAUGUGGUCCGACAGGCCCUGAAGGAGGUAGAGCUCGACAGCUCAAGACGAGUGGAGCUGGAUGACUAUGUCGACCUGAUCGCUCGCCUGCGACAAAGCAGUCCCGCUCAGCAGCGAACGCGCGGCUUUAGUAACGCUGCUCAGAAGACUGGUGACGGGGCUGCUGCGCCUUCGCCCUCACAUGCCAGCAAAGGCAGCAUCGGAGGUGGAGCGCAGGCGCGAGCUGGCAGAAUCACCGUUGGAGGCUCGACUGCAAGUUCGCAGCACACGAUCAACGAGGAUGAGCGAACCGCCUUCACCUCCCACAUCAACGCCGUUCUGGCCGGCGACCCCGACAUCGGGCACCUGCUGCCAUUCCCGCUCGACACGUUCGAAAUGUUUGACUCAUGCAAAGAUGGUCUCGUGCUUGCCAAGCUCAUCAACGACAGCGUGCCGGACACGAUCGACGAGCGCGUGCUGAACCGCCCCGGCAAAAAGAUCAAGAGCUUGAACAACUUCCACUUUACCGAAAACAACAACAUUGUCAUCGAGUCGGCGAAGGGUAUCGGGUGUUCUGUGGUGAACAUUGGCGCAGGCGACAUAAUCGAAGUGCGAGAGCACCUCAUUCUCGGUCUGAUCUGGCAGGUCAUUCGACGUGGUUUGCUCGGGAAGAUUGACAUCAAGCUGCACCCAGAGCUGUACCGGCUGCUUGAAGAUGGCGAGACAUUGGAGCAGUUCUUGCGAUUGCCCCCGGAGCAGAUUCUUCUGCGAUGGUUCAACUACCACUUGAAGAAUGCGGGCUGGCACCGAAGGGUUCAAAACUUCUCCAACGAUGUCAAGGACAGCGAAAACUACACUGUGCUUCUCAACCAGUUGGCGCCACAAACUUGCUCUAAAGCACCUCUUCAAACGUCCAGUUUGGAACAGCGAGCCGAGCAAGUGCUGCAAAACGCCGAUGCUCUCGAUCCACCUUGCCGAAAGUUCUUGACACCGAAAUCAUUAUGCGCUGGAAACCCGAAGCUCAAUCUUGCCUUUGUUGCCAACUUGUUCAACAACCACCCAGGCCUUGACCCUAUCACGGAAGAGGAGAAGGCCGAAAUUGAGGACUUUGAUGCCGAAGGCGAGCGUGAAGCACGUGUGUUCACAUUGUGGCUCAAUUCCCUCGACGUCAAGCCAAGCGUUGUAUCAUUCUUUGAGGAUCUCAAGGAUGGUAUCGUUCUACUGCAAGCCUUCGACAAAGUCAUUCCUGGUAGCGUCAACUGGCGACACACCAACAAGCCACCUGCCAAUGCCGUUGCUCCUGUGAGCCAGGACGAGGACGAGGCGUACCUCACGAUCAAAUCCGGCAUGUCGAGAUUCAAAGCUGUCGAGAACACAAAUUACGCAGUCGAGAUCGGAAAGCAGAACAAGUUCUCUCUUGUCGGUAUCCAAGGUGCCGAUAUCACCGAUGGGCAAAAGACGCUUACACUUGGUCUCGUAUGGCAACUGAUGCGUCGCGACAUCACCAACACUCUACAAGGCCUCGCUCAACGCCUCGGAAAGCGAGAGAUCACCGAUUCUGACAUGGUGAAGUGGGCCAAUGACACCGUGAAGAAGGGCGGUCGCAGCUCAGCCAUUCGCUCCUUCAAGGACCCACAGCUUGCCUCGGGCGUGUUCUUGCUCGAUGUGCUCAAUGGAAUCAAGAGCGAAUACGUUGACUACGACCUUGUCUUUUCUGGGCGGACGAACGAAGAAGCAUACGCCAACGCCAAAUUGUCCAUUUCGAUUGCACGAAAGCUUGGAGCGACAAUAUAUCUUGUGCCCGAGGAUAUCACGAGUUUGCGUUCACGCUUGAUCAUGACUUUCAUUGGUAGCUUGAUGGCCACGGCAGAGCGAUGAAGGGGAAUCAAAAGUUUUUCGAAAAGCGAGAUGGUAUGAAGAAGUUGAUGAGCAUGAUGAUCGGAAACAAGAUGCAGCGUUUAGUCUGUGUCACAUAGGAGAGCAGCAGCCUUAGCCGCGCUGAUGUACCGUGCUAUGCUAUACUGAACUCCACUUCGUGAACAACAAGG